AUGACCCGUUUCUACCCUCAAUAUGCUAGGUCGCUUGUCGGUGCCGUUAUCCUAAUCUUUUUAACCGGCGUCUUCCUGUAUCAAGGAGGAGAAAAUUCCCCAGUCAACUUUUUGAGCCAUCAUAAAGGUCCCGAUUGUAAUGUGGAUCUCGAAUUCUUGAGAUCUUUCGGGUAUAAUGAGACGGUAGACUAUGCGCGAUGGAAUAUUCAGGUGGUGCCGUCUCCAAAGUUCAGCCAAUUUUCAGAUUCACUCGACUUUGGUGAACCCGUCUUCAAUGAGCUUGAUCUGGGCGGAAACGAAGAAUGGGAUAGAUUGAACGCGUCGCAAUGUUCAUCUACCAUGACUGUGGAGGCUCCCAUGCCUAAGAAACCCGUCGAUGCAUCUCAUAUUAUGUUUGGUGUAGCUACCACGAUGGAACGACUAAAUGAUACCUUGCCGGUUUUCUCUCGCUGGGCGAGCGGAACAAACGCGCGAAUUAUCUCAAUAGUCGAGAGAGAUCAUACCCGAAGUCUUUCAGAACUCGUCAAACACGCCGAGGAUCUCGCCAUCAAUCUGCAUAUCAUUGAAAGCGACGAACCAUUCCUGGAUCGGUACUAUAUGCUCACGCGAACAAUGCUGGAAUUGCACGAUGGGCACACAGAAUGGGCUGUAAUCAUCGACGACGAUACAUUCUUCCCCUCUAUGGAUGGUCUUGUCACAGAUCUCGCUACCUACGACUCAAGUAAACCAUAUUAUAUUGGAGCCCCGACCGAGAACCUGCAACAAAUGGCCACAUUCACAUUUAUGGCGUACGGCGGUGCCGGAGUAUUCCUUUCAAUUCCCUUACUGAAGGAGAUCGAUCAACACUACGAUGACUGUUACGACAACAAGGACACCGGCGAUAAGCGCGUUGCUUGGUGUGUUUAUACGUACACCAAUACCAAACUUACCUGGGACCGACGUCUCUUCCAACUUGAUCUCACAAACGAUGGGUCAGGCUUCUACGAAGCCGGUCGAGAACUCCCUCUGUCAUUGCACCAUUGGAAAUCCUCCGACUGGUACCCUGUGGACAUUCUCAACAUGAGCAAAGUCUCUGAUGUCUGCGGUCCAGACUGUCAACUACGGAGAUGGAAGGUCACUGAUCAGUGGUACUUCAUCAACGGAUUUUCCUUAGUGAAAUAUUCCUCUGCCCCCUCGCUGGAAGAGUUGGCCUCUAUGGAACAAACAUGGGAAUACUACCGAUGGACUGAAGACGAUAACUACGGGUUUAGUUUGGGUCCAUUGCGUCCACGGGAUAACAAGAAAGUGUCGUACCGUCUUAAGGGCGCUAUCUCUGAAAGACAUCGUGUGCGACAGGUAUACAUGCGUGAGCCGGACCGCACAAAUCGAUUAGAGAGGCCGCAGGUGCUGGAAGUUGUUUGGACGCGGACAUAG